GCAUCUAUAAUUGAUUAGAAAAGUAUAAAUUGUUUAAUUUAAAUCAAACUGACAUCAGUUGCAGCAGAAAUUCACAAAGCAUUAAACUAAAUAUGAAUAAAUACUUAAUAUCAUGUCUCGCCUUAAUGGUGGGCGUAAUAGCAGUGAACGGAUAUGGCACUGGAGGUGGCGGUGGUAGUCACGGUGGUGGAUCUGGUAGUGGAUUUGGUGGUGGUGGUGGAAGUGGCUUAGGUGGAGGUCACGGUGGUGGAUUAGGUGGAGGACCUGGUGGUCAUGGUGGUGGAGGUGGAAUUGGUGGCGGCCCAGGAGGUAUUGGUGGCGGACCAGGUGGUUUUGGUGGCGGCCCAGGGGGUAUUGGAGGUGGUCAUGGCGGCGGCCAUGGUGGCGGCCUUGGCGGUGGUUCUGGUCUCGGUGGUGGUGGUGGUGGCGGUGGGCCUGGUCUUGGUGGUGGUCAUGGUGGCGGUCUCGGUGGCGGUUCUGGCGGACACGGUGGCGGAAUAGGUGGUGGUCCUGGCGGAAUUGGAGGUGGUUCCGAUGGAUUCGGACCAGGUGGUGGUCAUGGUGGUGGUGGUGGUAGUGGAAUUGGUGGUGGAUCUGGCGGUUUCGGCCCAGGUGGUGGUCAUGGUGGACACGGUGGCGGUAUUGGUGGUGGACCUGGUGGAUUUGGUGGUGGCCCAGGUGGUUUUGAUGGACCUGGUAAUUCAAUCGGUGGAGGUCCUGGAGGCAUAGGUGGUGGUGGUCAUGGAGGCCAUGGUGGACAUGGUGGUGGCGGAUACAAAAAGAAGGGCUACUAAAAAGUGUGUUUAUUUACCUAAUAUAAUUCUGUGAUGCUUGUUUAAACUAAAAAUAAUUCUAUAAAUAGUAUUUUUGUUUAAUAGAAUUUUAAUAAAA